AUGAUGGCAAAGGAAUCCACCGCGGACAGCAGCAAGUGGCGGCGAAGGGAGCUCGAAUUUCUCAUUCUAUAUGCGAUCGGUUUUUAUGCUUUCGUCAUUCAUCGCUCACUGCAACUCUCCCACGAUUACCAGUCCCAGCUUUAUGGUUUGAGCCCUGGAUGGAUCGGCAACAGGUUCAAUGAUGUGUCUGAUGCUCAAUGGAGGAACUUUCGAGGGAAUUUACAAAUUCUAACAAUAGUUUUUGGUCUCUUUACACUGAUUGCCAACAUAUUUAGAGCAGCCUAUAGUCUAAGAGCGAAAGGAAUGGCACAUGUUUGGCUCGUUAUCUCAUUGGCUUACUUGUCUUAUUUACAUGGUGCUUGCAUCAUUUUUAUCCUUGCAAUUGCCUCAGCCAAUUUUCUUCUAGUGAAGGUAUUUGGAAGGACAAAGUACUUCUUGUAUAUGCUUUGGAUUUUUAAUUUGACAUUUCUGUUCUGCAAUCGCAUCUACGAAGGAUACAGAUUUUCCAGUUUUGGGCAGCAGAUGGCUUUUCUUGAUUAUUUUCGGGGUACCUUCAGAUGGCAAAUCUGCUUUAAUUUCGUUGUGUUACGGAUGAUAAGUUAUGGUUAUGACUACCAUUGGGCAGAGAAACAUAGUCAACUUGAUCAGAAGAAGCACAUUGAGCAAUGCAGAACCUGUUCAUCUGGAAGGACAUGCUAUUACUCAUUGCAGGAAAGAAGUGUUCCAAAUGACUACUUUUCUUUUGCUGUGUACUUGUGUUACCUGGUUUAUGCACCGCUCUACAUUGCUGGGCCAAUUAUUAGCUUUAAUGCAUUUGCCUCACAGUUGGAUAAACCUCAACUGAGUUAUUCAUCACGAGAAAUAGCUUGGUAUGGUUUGCGCUGGACUCUAUGUCUGUUAUUGAUGGAACUCAUGACGCAUUUCUUUUACUACAACGCUUUUGCCAUCAGUGGUGUGUGGAAACACUUGUCUCCAACAAACAACUUUAUCAUUGGAUACGGGGUUCUUAACUUCAUGUGGCUCAAAUUUUUCCUACUAUGGCGAUAUUUUCGCUUCUGGUCAUUGGUCAAUGGAAUUGAAGCUCCUGAAAAUAUGCCAAAAUGCUUGAAUAACUGUCACAAUCUUGAAACUUUUUGGAAAAAUUGGCAUGCUUCCUAUAACAAGUGGCUUGUUAGGUAUAUGUAUAUUCCACUGGGAGGAAACAAAAGAAAGCUUCUCAAUGUCUGGGUAGUCUUCACCUUCGUGGCCAUAUGGCAUGAUUUGGAGUGGAAGCUUCUUUCUUGGGCCUGGUUGACUUGUGCAUUUUUCCUUCCAGAGAUUCUUGUAAAAUAUGCGACUAAAACAUAUCAGGUGCAAGGUUCUUUAGGAAAAUCUCUUUUUCGUGAACUUAAUGCAAUUUCUGGAGCUGUUACCAUUACUUUUCUCAUGGUAGCAAAUCUCGUUGGAUUCGUUAUUGGACCCUCGGGCAUUAAUUGGUUGAUUUCAUCAUUCUUCCGGAAACAAGGACUGGCUACACUUGGUGGCAUGUUCAUUACCUUCUACGUGGGGACAAAGUAUAUUUGGUCUUUUGAAGCAUGUCAAGCUCUGAAGAUUGCUGCAAGUCGAGCAGACCUUGAGACUAGAGCGUUGCAUGUCCUUGUUAUCAACAGAUUGUAA